CGUCUCUGGCAGAAUGAAUGUCCUUGAUGGUGUCCCCUUUAAGGUACCCAACGGCCUUGUGGUGGACACAGAGCCCCACCCUGCUCCAGAGAUCAGUGUCCAGUACUGUAGAGAGCUCCUGCUGGGCUCGAUGUAUGACUUCAGCCUGGAAAGGGAGGCUCUCUUCUGGGUGGAAGCAGCCGUCCGCGGACCUUGUCCCCAACAAUGCAAGGACUUGGGGAUGGCAUCAGCUCCUCCAGCCUGGUUCUUACUGGUCAGUCCAAAACACAGUCUGAUGCCUGCACCUGCUGAAGUCAGAGGCCCAGAGGCUGGAUUACAGGAACCUGCUGAGGAGGAAGAGGAGGUGGAGGAAGAAGAAAUAGGGGAGAAGAGGGAUGAGGACGAUGCUUCCUCUGCCAGCGAGGAGGAGAUGGGCUCCAGCAGCCCUCAGCCCGGCUCCCCUACAGGCCGUCGCCGCUACUCGCUGGAUGUGCUGCAAAACAUAAGGUCUGAGUUGGUUGGUGCCCGGCGACGGCUCUCGGAGAGCAGACUAGCCUCGCGUCCUCGAGCCCUUCUGCACCGCUUCCGAGGCCACCGCACUCUGAGCCUGAGUGCCAGCCUGGCGCCAGCCCCUGGCCCAGCACCGCAGCCCCCCAGUGAACCCGUGCUGCCUCCACGACCCUCUACCGCCGGCGCUAUGCCUCCACUGCGGAGCCACAAGCCCACUGUCGCUUCCCUUAGCCCGUACACCUGCUUACCACCUCUUAGUGGGACACCCCAGCCCCUCAACUCCUAUAGAUUGCAUCCUGAUUCAGCAACUGACCUACUGUCUGCCCUGACCAAAGAGGAGCAAGACCUCAUCUGGCCAGUGGUCGCUUUGGGCUAUCCCCUUGGAAGGGCCAUUGUGGCUCUGCAGAAGACAGGAAGGCAGAGCCUAAGCCAGUUUCUCGGCUACCUCGGUGCCUGUGAGAGGCUGCUGCGGCAGGGCUACGAUGAGGCCCUGGUGGAUGAGGCCAUGGAGAUGUUCCAGUUCUCCGAGCACCAGGCAGGGGAGUUCCUGCGACUCUGGCAGCAGUUCAGUGACAUGGGCUUCCAGCAAGACCGGAUCAAGGAGGUGCUGUUGGUCCACGGCAAUCAGCGCGAACAAGCCCUGGAAGAGCUGGUAGCCUGUGCCCAGUGACAAGCCAGGAUACUCUGUGAUGCGUGGCAGACCG